AUGAAAUAUCUGCCUUUCUGGCUCGCCGGCUUCACACUCCAAUUAAUAGAGGCCCGUCCAUUUCGCUCACCCCAAACCAUCAAAUUAAGAAGCCAUGGGGGCCAGCGGGUCCGGUCCAGUCAUCCUGGCCGGGAGAAUGUGUCAUUGCGCGACUGGAUUGUGAAUACCGAUCUCCAGUGGUACAGUACCAUCCAAGUCGGCACUCCGCCACAGACCCUAACGGUCAUGUACGACACAGGCUCCACAGAGCUGGUUCUCCCGGGCAAGAACUGCAUAAACUGCGGCAGCCACACGCUGUUCGAAUCCAACAAAUCCAAAUCCUUCUCUCACACACCAAAUAUGAACCUGGUGGGCGAAUUCAGCACUGGCGCCACAACAGUCCCCCUCUCCACGUCCGAACUAGUGAAUUGCACCAUCAACAGCGACACCGUCACCCUCGGCGGACUCACCGCAUCCAACCAAUGGAUCAUCCUCUGCACCCAGUUCCCUUCUAUCUUCAAAGACCUCCCUAUGGACGGGAUCAUGGGGCUAGGAGUAGCCCCUCAGCCUACAACCGAUGAAUGUACCCCCACCUUCUGGUCCUGGUACUACAGCGGCCAACUAGCCGAGCCAAUUUUCUCCUUCUACUUCGUCCCGGGAGCAACCCACCACGCCGAGCUAACCCUAGGUGGAGUCGACCCAUCCAAAUACAUCGGUCCCAUAGCCUAUGCCAAUCUGAACCAAAAUGUGAGCAUCCUCUCCUCAGCCUACGUCCUAGAUUUCCUAGGGCUCUACAUCAACGACCGGCCGGUCUUCACUACCAGCAACUACACCAGCGGCAUCCCAGGCGGCCAACCCGCGCCUUUCGCCUCGGGCCUUCUGGCCCUCGACACCGGGACUGCCUUUCUCCAGACACCUGAUAAGCAGACCGCAGAGGAAAUCUACAGACAAAUAUCUCCAUAUAUCACACAAAUCGACCCAGCCGGUGCAUGGGGAGCACCCUGUCCUAUUCUGGAUGCCAUAGCAACGGACAUAACCUUCCGUAUUGGAGGUGGCGGUCCGCCAAUUACCCUUCCACGCGAGUUCUUCAACUUGGGGGAGUACCCCGGACAGCCAGGGAUCUGCCAGGCUGUGUUCAACAAUCCAACUGAUCCCAUGGAAGAUCCCACCGGUCAGGGACGUGCAGUGUGGUUGGUAGGAUCUCCUCUACUGAAAGCGUAUUAUACCGUGUGGAAUGGCCUAGAUCUUCAAGUCGGGUUCGCACAGCCAUUGCCACCAUGGCUUUAG